GCGGCCUCAAAUAUUCACCUUUUUUGGCAGUCCCGCGCCCAGACUCGACUCGGCGCAACGCUGCGAAUUUGGGAGAAAUAAAGCGUGUCGUGCUUUUUCAGGGACUAUGAAGAGAAAGGCUGAAAAAGCGCAAGCUGCCGCCCCGGUCAGCGCUUUCGCGGCCCGCAAAGCCCGGCAGCAGCAGGCGCAGACCACCGCAGCUGCAGACAAGCCCAGUGUUGCUGAGCCUGCUGUAGAGCCGCCGCCUAAAAGACCACGGCGCUCACUCGAAGAAGCGGCCGUGCCACCCGCAAGCGAAGAGAACCGAGUCCAGACAAGGCGAUCAUCAAGGCGCAAGGAAGAGCAAUUGAAGGCUGAGAAGACUGAGAAGGCCACGCAGAAGGCACGCAACGAGCAACCCCCGAAGGUCAACCAGCAAUUAUCGGAGACCGCUACGACCAAGGCUAGCGAGGACCAGUCGCCCUCCGACGAGGAAUCGGAAGAACAAGAGGUUGUGGAAGACACCAAUGUCAUCGGACUUGAGCCUAUCCAGAAUGACGAGGAGGGGUACGAAUCACCGGCAGACACUCCGGUUCAGGUCCAGGACUUUCCGCUGUCAAAGACUCGCUUGAAUAAGAACAACAUCGUCUACAGUGAUGAGCAUAGGCUGUGUGUCCGUAUCAAAGAGAAGAUGAGUCUGGUAAUGCUUGGUCACUACGAUCUUUGGGUUAAGCGGGGUGUGAUCAGCUUAAUGGGAGCGAAACUGCACCCUUCGUCCCGAGUGUACAGGGUCUACGCCCCUUCGACGCACUCUCUACCUGUCAUCAAGUGCGUCUCUGGGGUCAACGGCGAGGCGGAGGUUGAGUUCAAGUCAUGCCACAGUGGGAUCUAUCGCCUCAAGGAUCUCUCACCUCUGUAUCAACGGAUAUGGAAUGGCAAGAAUACUGCGGCGGACAAACUCACGUUGAAGGGAGCCUCUCCUUCCGCCAAGAGAACGUUCUCGGUGCUGUAUACUUCUGCCGAUGAUUCCCUUAAACGACACCUGCGGCCACUGCAUCUCGAGAAGCAAUGGAGCUCUGCCAUCAAGACUCUGUCUCAGCGCGGUGGACGGUUGAAGACUCUCAUAUGUGGCCCGAAGGGAUCGGGCAAAUCCACCUUCAGUCGCUAUCUGUUAAACCACCUGCUCAGCCCAGCCCCGCAGACAGAGACCAACUACUAUAACACCGAUGGUGUCGCAUUCUUGGACUUGGACCCUGGUCAACCGGAGUUCGCCCCUAUGGGACAAGUCUAUCUGGUCCACCUUCGUUCGCCCGUCUUUGGUCCUCCUUUCUCCCACCCGUCUCUGGACGGUUCCCGUGAUGGGUCGAUAGUUCGAAGCCAUCAUAUCGGAGCCACAUCACCCAAAGACGACCCCGAUCACUACGUCCUCGCCGCAAUGGACUUGAUGGAUCGCUACCGGGCCCUGCAGGCGAGCUAUCCCCAGUGCCCUCUCAUCAUCAACUACCCCGGAUGGAUCUUCGGCCUGGGUCUGGAGGUUGCCACUUGGCUAGUGAGAUCCCUCGGCCUGUCUGAUGUCGUGUACAUGAGCGAAAAGGGACCAGCUGAGGUUGUUCAACCACUUGGCCAGGCAGCCUCCCAGGCCAAGGUUCCUCUGACUAUCCUUCCUUCCCAACCAACCGACUUCGUUAGCAGGUCAAGCACACAGCUCCGCUCCAUGCAGAUGCAGUCCUAUUUCCAUAUGUCGCGCCCAAGCAACCUCAACAACCCGCUGUGGCUCGAACAAUCGCUUUCUCGCACAAAACCUUUCCAUGUCCAUUACUCAGGGCCGCAGCAGGGUAUUCAGGGUAUCAUGGUCAUGGGAUCUCAGAUUCACCCUGACUUGCUGUCUGAGGUUCUAGAUGGGUCAAUCGUCGCCGUUGUCGCUGUGGAAUCGCCCAAUGCCAUCUUGGGUCACAACAGCGGACCCAUGUUUGCGAACGGUGGCAGCUCGACGGCAGAGGCAGCCAGCCACGAUGGCCCGGAUGCCGACCGCGAUGUCGAGAUGGGAGACUCAACGGAUGCAGUUCAUUUCGCGGGGUCAUCGACUAUCGAAUCUAGCAUCACCCGGACACCAAACGAGGAUCUCCCUUAUCUCUUUGUCGGAGCAGGGAGCAGCAACCCUCUUGAUCCGAAGGUGACCCAUUGCUUGGGCCUGGCCCUUGUCCGUUCCGUGAAUGUUGCAUCGCGCCAGCUAGAACUGGUCACGCCUAUUGCGGGAUCGACACUCCGUGGCGCUCUCGAACAGGGUCACAACAUCGUCCUUGUGCGGGGUCUGCUGGAUAACCCCAACUGGGCCAUCAGCGAAGACUACUAUGCCGCCCGGGCCGCCGGGAAACGCCAUCGGGAGCUGAUCGAAAAGCUCAAGAAGAACAAGGACACCGUUGCGGAAGAUGUUACCCUCGAGGCCGAGACUCAAGUCUUGAAGGACCGAAUCCGGCGUGCGAGCAAGGUGCCUUGGAUGACGGUGGUUGAAGACAACAGCCGCCGACACCGAGAAGCGUUGCAACGGGAGAAAUCGUUGUGGAAGCUACGCAAGAAGGCGUACCCAGGCAGCGAUAGUGAGGGUGAUUGGUAAUUUAUACUUUGGCGUUACGAUGCGGUGCAUGUAUAUACAAGAGUUGGAUGGGAAAAGUUGGGAGGAU